UUGCCGGGUGACGACAUCACCCAUUGUCCAACUCGCAUUUUUGCCCUCUGGUUUCUAAUUCUUUUUAUGAGAUUCUCUCUUUGUUUCUCUCCCUCUCCCUCUCCCUCUCCCCCCUUUAUCUACCAUUCUCAGCGUUUCGAGAGCAAAUUAUAGUUUUGAGGGCAAAACGAAAGAAAGCGUUUUUGUAUUUCCAGUGCAAAAAUCAAACGAUGACAGUUUCUUCUGGGGAAAGUUCUAUUGAUACUAAAAAUUCUCUUUCUGGACUUGCUCCAUUGGAGGCAGUAUUAUUUGAUGUUGAUGGAACUCUGUGUGAUUCAGAUCCCCUCCACUAUUAUGCAUUCCGCGAAAUGCUUCAAGAGAUAAAUUUCAAUGGUGGAGUUCCAAUUACAGAGGAAUACUUUGUUCAGAAUAUUGCUGGCAAGCAUAAUGACGAUAUUGCUGCAGUUCUCUUUCCCGAUGACAUUGAGAGGGGCUUAAAAUUCACGGUUGAUAAAGAAGCAAUGUUUCGCAAAUUGGCAUCUGAACAACUGAAGGCUAUAAAUGGCCUAUAUAAAGUGAAGAAAUGGAUUGAAGAUCGCGGAUUGAAACGGGCAGCAGUUACUAAUGCUCCUAGACCUAAUGCAGAACUCAUGAUUUCACUCCUAGGGCUUUCAGAUUUCUUUGAUGCUAUUAUUCUUGGCGAUGAAUGCGAACAUGCCAAACCACAUCCAGAACCAUACUUGAAGGCUCUUGAAGUACUAAAAGUGUCAAAAGAUCACACCUUUAUAUUUGAGGAUUCUGUUUCUGGGAUAAAAGCUGGAGUGGCAGCCGGGAUUCCUGUUGUCGGUUUAACUACCAGAAAUCCAGAACAUUUGUUGAUGCAAGCUAAGCCAACAUUUCUAAUACAAGAUUAUGAGGAUCCAAAAUUGUGGACAGCUUUGGAAGAGCUUGAUAAAAAGAAAGAUGCUGGAAAUUAAACCUGCUGCCUGAAUAAAUUCCUUGGAAACUUCAUUAUUAGUUGAAUAAUUCUGCUGAAGAAGAAGUACUGAAUGGCCUAGCGGCUAAGGCUAUCUGAAAUUAUAUAUAAUAUAAAUUUACAAUUAAGUAUUAUACGUAGCAGGUUGGUAUUUUUGGCCAUUGAUGCAUUACUUAGAUUUGGUUGAAACUUGAAUAUGUAAUGCUGAUAUAUUGUACUGAUUACUUGAAAUAUUAAUAAUAAAAAUCCUCUAGAGAUUGCCUUAACAUGAA